UGUUCUGAAAAUGAAUUGUACCAGUUCAGAGAGCUCAGCUGUUGCCAUUGCUGCAGUAUCUGUUGAUUCUGUUUCCCAAACUGCUAACUGAUACAUCAGAGUCAGAUUCUACCUGUUGAGAUCGUAGCUGAACGUGUUGGUGUAUGGACAUCUUGCACUUUACCCAGCCCUGAAUCCGCACCAAUGAUCUAAGGAAGAUCGCUGUAGCUCCAAGGUAAAGACAUUACAGCAAAUGAAUCUAAGCUAAGAAAUUGGCAAGAUGCUGUUCAACACAUCGUCAGAGCUAAGUGGAGGUCAUGAAACUAUUCCAGUUAAUUGCUCCAAAGCAGGAAGACACAGCUCUAUUUUUAUUGUGGUUCCAAUUGUUUACAGCCUGAUUUUUAUCGUUGGAGUAUUUGGCAAUAGCUUUGUUAUAAUUGUGAUUUAUUGUUACAUGAAAAUGAAGACCGUGGCCAGUAUCUUUUUGAUGAAUUUAGCGUUAGCAGAUUUAUGUUUUGUGAUCACAUUACCAUUGUGGGCAGCCUACACAGCCAUGCAUUACAAUUGGCCUUUCGGCACCUUCUUGUGCAAGGUGGUUUCAACUGCCACUACAAUGAAUCUAUACACAACUGUCUUUUUGCUUACAUGUCUCAGUAUUGAUCGGUAUUUGGCCAUUGUGCAUCCAAUGAGAUCCCGUGUUCGGCGUACAAUGAUGAUCGCCAGGUUAACUUGUAUUGCCAUAUGGCUGCUUGCAUUUGUAGCUAGUUUCCCCACCAUAAUAUAUAGAAAUGUGUUCUUUAUCAAAGAAGCAAAUGCAACAGUCUGUGCUCUGGUAUAUCAAGAUGAUAAUAGCUCACUUCUGGUUGGUAUUGGUAUAGCCAAAAAUAUUUUAGGGUUCCUUAUUCCAUUUUUAACAAUUUUAACAAACUACGUAUUAAUUUGCAAAGCAUUAAAGGGGACUUUCCAAGCCCAUAAAUGCAAGGACAGAAAUGACGAUAUUUUUAAGAUGAUUGUAGUAAUUGUCCUUGUCUUCUUUUUUUGCUGGAUUCCCCAUCAAGUUCUAACGUUUUUGGAUAUUUUGAUUCAGUUAAAAGUUAUUGAAAAAUGUGAAAUUGUAGACAUAGUGGACACAGGGAUGCCCAUCAGCAUAUGUAUUGCUUUCUUUAACAGCUGCCUGAACCCAUUCUUGUACGGAUGUUUUGGAAAGAAUUUCAGAAAACAUUUCCUGCAACUUUUAAAAUAUAUACCUCCCAAAGUAAGGUCCCAUGCAAGUCUCAAUACAAAGAUGAGCACUCUUUCCUACCGUCCAUCAGAACAUCAGAGUGCAUCAGUCAAAAACUCAUUAAAAUUGAGUGAAAAUGAGGAACACCAGAAUAGGGUUAUUUAAAAAGAUAAAAUGAGCGAAAAAUAGGUACGAAUGGUCAAGAUAGCAGUUUGCCAUACUGGCACAUUUUCCAUUUUCUAAAUGGAACAAUGUUAAUUAGAGGCACAAAUAUAGAUAACGUGUAAUACAGAAGGAAGUGUAUGUGCUUAUUACAUCAUUUUUGUUAACCUAGAGGAGAAACUGUAAGUAAGGUGGAUGACUGGAAUAAACCCUACCUAUGUAAAGAGUACAAAACAAAAACA